CCUCUCUCAGCAUUUUAUAUCUUCAUUAUUUAUUAUGCAUAUAGUUUAUUGAAAGGAAAAAAAAAAAAAAACACACGUAUUUUUAUGUAUUAUUACUCAAAAAGGAAUCUAAACAUAAUUUCCGAUUAAUCCAACGGCUCAUACUUGUCCCAAUCCUCUUCUUCGUUCCCCUUCUUCUCAUUGUGAAUAAACGACAGCGUUUUGGUGCUUAAUUUUCCACUUCUCCCUCGUCGCUGGCUCCGUCGUCUCCUCAGCCUUCAGCCUCCGCGAGAACGAAUCAGUGCAGAAUUGAAGGAUGGGUCAAGCAUUAGGUUGCUAUCAAGUGGAUCAGUCAAAUGUGGCUAUAAAGGAGCAAUUUGGAAAAUUUGUUGAUGUUCUAGAACCUGGAUGUCAUUGCUUGCCUUGGUGUUUUGGGUACCAGAUUGCUGGUGGGUUAUCACUGCGUGUGCAGCAACUUGAUGUUCGAUGUGAGACCAAAACCAAGGAUAAUGUCUUUGUCACUGUGGUUGCGUCUGUGCAAUACCGUGCUGUGGCUGAGAAAGCAUCUGAUGCCUUCUAUAGGCUCACCAACACAAGGGAACAGAUCCAAUCAUAUGUUUUUGAUGUUAUCAGGGCCAGUGUGCCAAAGUUGGAAUUGGAUUCUGUCUUUGAGCAGAAGAAUGAUAUAGCAAAGAUUGUUGAAGAGGAGCUUGAGAAGGCCAUGUCAAAUUAUGGCUUUGAGAUAGUCCAGACCCUCAUUGUUGAUAUAGAGCCUGAUGUUAAUGUCAAGAGAGCAAUGAACGAGAUCAAUGCAGCUGCUAGAAUGAGGUUGGCUGCAAACGAGAAGGCUGAAGCUGAAAAAAUACUGCAGAUAAAGAAAGCUGAGGGAGAAGCAGAGUCCAAGUAUCUGUCGGGACUCGGUAUAGCUCGCCAACGUCAGGCCAUUGUGGAUGGGCUGAGAGACAGUGUGCUUGCAUUCUCUGAGAAUGUACCUGGGACAUCAGCUAAAGAUGUCAUGGACAUGGUGCUGGUGACUCAAUACUUUGACACUAUGAAGGAGAUUGGAGCGUCUUCAAAGUCCUCAUCUGUGUUCAUACCACAUGGCCCUGGUGCAGUGAAGGACAUAGCUGUUCAGAUCCGGGAUGGUCUCCUUCAGGCCAAUGCUUCACACAUAUAAAUUCAGUUUUCCUGGAGCUGUAUAUAACAAAUAGUGUGUGCAUGUCAGGUUUUGCUAUUUUCUGUUGAAUUGUUGAUUAUGGAUCAGGGAAAUGCUUCUUUCUGUUUGAAUGCUGUGUGUUUUUACUCUUCUUAUAUUGAAGAGAUGAAUAGCAAUAUAUCUAGUUUUAUAUCCCAGGUGCCAAUGUAUAAUUGUGAAAUGCUAGCUUCAAAUUUCUUGCAUUUAUUACUCUGCACUAUACAGGUUUAUGAGUUUUAGGGUUCACCCUUGACCUCAUGUUGAACUCAAAAU